AUGCUCAAGAACCAUAACGGUCUAGAUAUGCUUCAUAGCUUUCAGACUACUGUCUUCGAGCACCGAGCCCUUUUUGAAGGUGCGAGCACGGCGACAAUCCGUGAGCAUUUCCAGAAAUGGGCGACGACUGCUAUUCAGGAAGAGUCAGGCGGCUCUCCUGAUAUGAUUCGGUACUCUAACGUUGAAGCGGCGCGUUAUCGGUUCUGUCUUUUCGUUGAUGAAGAGUCAUUGCAAAGUGUUCUUCAGGCACCUAUUGACGACUGCCUCAAUAAAGAUGCAUCCUUGAAUAUGCUGCACGGGUGGUGGAAACCUGAGUCUAUUGAAGAUUUCAUCCAGGAAGGUCUUGAAGACGUAGAUAACCCAGAGGACCUACUUGAUGAUGGUUAUGAUCCUGUCGGAGGGUGUACUUUGAAGGAUGUUGGGUGGAUGAAGGUUGCUUUAUGUGACGCGGGGCUGGAAGGUUUUCAGGAGAUGGGUAAGGCUGGUGCGUGGGAAAGACUAUAUGAGCGUCCUCAGGAGAUUUGUUAUAAUAUUUCGAAUUUCCAUGCUCGGCGAUAG